UACGGAAACCUUGCGUAAGCUAGGCAACAUCGCGUCUGAAUCGCAACUUUCACGUGACGUUUCACUAUGUUCUAUUUGUGUUCCUAUCUCAGUUUUCCACAACAUUAUGAUAUAAAGGUUGCCAUGUAAAUUUUUAAAAUACAUAAUAAUGUUUUAAGUUCUCGUGAUAAAUCUCGGUUUUUGUGCGUUUAUAUUUGUGCUGUGUUAUUGAAAUUUUAGUGUCCAGUGUCGUUUUCAGUGCUUAGUUAACUCACAAACAGCUUGAGUGCAUAUAUGAUUUUGAUGAACCAGAAUGGCCGGCCAUGUUCGCCGGGAACAAACGAAAGUCGUCAAACGUCAAAGUUAUGCAGCUGUUCCAUGAGCUAAAACAACAAUUCCCUACCAUUCCUGAUCAUAUUGUAACGUCCUGCAUAACUUCCUACAUACAGUCAAGUGCUCAAGAAAAGAAUAUCGUAGAGUAUUUAGAAACAACUCUAACAGACAGCAACGUAGGGCAGAUGGGACGAUCUUCUCAACAAUCGGAAUUACCUCCUCUAGAUAUUUCUCCUAACCCGCAAAUUGAAAACGUUUCGGCAAAAGCAAACCUGAAUACCGAUCGAACCCGUACCGAAAUGGACGAAAGUGGAAGUGAUGUUACUAAUCGAAAUACGAGUGAGCAAACGGAAACGACCACCAGAUCCGUAGCAAAACGACCUAAUUACCUUAAUAUAAAACCUAGUAUCAGUGAUGAAACAAGUGAAAAGAAAAAAACGUUCAAUAUUCAACUCUCCGAAAAGUGCAAAGACGUCCAUAAGUUGCUCAACUACGAAUUAAGUGAAAAACCACCGCGAUCUCCCCUAAGUGCCAAAAGGUUUGCUUCCAAAAACUCUCCAACCAAACCGGAAAAACACCCCGAAGCCCAUAAACGUCCUAGCUUAGAGCCAACCGUUAAAAAAGAAACGUGCUCGACACCCACGCAGACAACAGAUACCUUACUAGGAAGUCCGAAUGUGAAUCUUUCAUUAAACGUAAAUUGUUUGGUUGAUGUUGUACGCAGUCCAACGCAACAACGACGUACAACAGCUUUGCAAGUAACUCCCGCCCAACCGUGGUUACAAGCAUCUACAUCUCCGAGAAGCUUCACUAGUGUAAACUUAACUCUGAGGCCUCCAGCUUCAACUCCUCAAGACCCUAUCGACAUUACCUCGCAGAAUUCCAGUUUGACGUAUUCAACAAGUAGUUAUGAUUCACAAAAAGGACUUCAGAGUAGAUUACAGAUCACCGUUGGACCAAGUAAUGGCAGUGUUUCGUCAUUACGAAUUAGACCAAAUAGUUACCAUCUCGAAGACCAACCAGAACAACAGGAAAUAGUUCCUGUUAGAGCUGGAUCUCUUAAUAACCUGACAGUCAACACAGAACCACCUGUAACUUUGAAACAGCAAGCACGAAUAGAGAGAUUACGGAUAGAACUUAACACCGAAAAAGCCAAAUUAGUGAUAAUGCAACAGGAAAUUAAAGAAUUAGAGAAAAGUAGACUAGAAAGUGAAGUAAAUAUAGAAAUAGAGAGGCAGCUGCUACAGGAGAUAAAACAUCUUAGGUACCAAUGCAACGACUUGGAAUUAGACGGUGAAGCAUUUUAUAAUAACAUAUACACUGGUCAACAUAUAAAUGAAUUCCCCACUCCUCCACCAAGACUUCGACACAACAGCAGAAGACGUUUACCAUAUCAACCGCCUCCUGAUUUCGAAGGUCCGAAAUGGAACUGUGACGUAUGUACAUUCCUCAAUCAUCCCAUCUUGGACAAAUGUGAGCAGUGCGACUUUCCCAGAAUCCUACACGGUAUGAAACAACCCGAGGCAGUUAAUCCUAACCUGACAAUUGACGCCCUACGCAUGCUUAACCAGUUCGAUGUAGGCCAUGCUACUAGGUCUCUUAGUUUGAGUAACGUACCACAAGGACAGGUUACGAGACCCAUAGGGUUUGUUCUUAAAGAAAAUGAACCAACCACUUCUCUGCCAACGCAAAUUAAUACAAGCCGCUCUGCGCCAAGUUUGCUAAAUAAAUUAUUAAGUAACAAAAAUAAUGUUUAGUGCUUGCAGAUGUGUGACAGUGUUUACUAAUAAGACUAUUAUAAUAUUCAGUGAUAUAUUUGUGAUGUUUCAAAACUUACCUAUUACAUCAAAGUAAAUUUUUUACUUUGACUUUGAGAUUUUUUUAACAAGUAUUUUUAAAAAUAUUUUUUAAAAGUGGUAAUGUAGAAUUCUAGAUGCCUUGAUCUGUUCAAAUAUGUUUUCACAAAAAAUAUGUGUCUCAAUAUAUAUAUAUAUAUAUAUAUAUAUAUAUAUAUAUAUAUAUAUAUAUAUAUAUAUAUAUAUAUUCUGUGGAUGUGAAAUAAAAAUAGUUAAAAUGAAAUGACUAAACUAAGCAAUUCUUGAUUGUGCAAAAAAACAUCUCAAUAUCCUGUAGUUCACAAAUCUAAACCAUUUAAGUAACUUCGAAAAUAAAAUCAAUGAAACAACACAAAACAAUUAAAUGUGUCAUUUACAUGAAGAAGUAUCGUUUACAGAACAGAUUAAUUUUUUUGUCUAAUUGUACAUUGCAAUUGUCAACCCAACAUUAAAUGAAAUUGUAUUGUUGCCAAACAAAUAAUUCGUUUAAAAUGGAAACAAUAAUUCCAUGUUAUCCUCAGCUAUGUAUAAUUUACUAACCAAAUUUAUUCCUGUAUAUUAAAAAUAUCUUCUGUUUUCAUUUUACUUUUUCAGGGGGUCUGGUCCUACCCAUUUCAUCCACUAUCUUUUGUCAUUUCGCUCAAUUUCUCUAAUGUUUCUUUCCAGUCCCCAGUUCUUUUAUCCAUCUCUUUCUAAGUAUCUCCGUUUAUACAAAAAUAAAUUUUAUCCAGUAAUUUCUCAACCCAAUUUUCAAUCACGCUGAAAGUUUAUUAUAAUCAGAAUGUUAGAAUACGCAAUAUAUAACAUAGAGUACCAAAUAAGUUUUUGGGACAAUUUCAAAUUACCGUUGUUUUGAAUAUUUCAUAUAAAAAUCGAUGGCAUAAUUUAUUUUGUAUUUCUUCAUGUAAAUAUGCAAGAAUCACUGUAACAACACUUUUCAAUGAUCUGACCUCUUUAAACAUACAAACUUACUGAUUUCUGAAAUAAUUAACCGAUUCACACAUUUGAUAGACUUAAUUUCAAGCUAAAAAUAUUAAAUAAACGUCGAUAAAAAAACUUGUUUAACUUCAAUAAAUAAUCUUUAUUGAUAUUAGCUGAAUCAAAAUCUGGUCUUAGCUAUAUUGUAUCACCCAUAGCAUUCAAAUAACCUUUUUAUUAUACAUUAUAAAAUCCUUACCAACAGGGUGUUUGAAAUUAUUACCACAAAAUUCAGGUCAGUUUUUUCUAUAAUAAAAUUUUCCUUUUUGAGUGAAUUGCAAGGUGAUAUCUGAGCUCAUUAAAACUUUAAGCAGAAAAGAAUCUUCACAAUUUGUCAAAAUUACUCAUCAUUGAGACGCAUUAAUCGAGAAUUGAGUAGAACUUCAACUAGAGUGCAAUUGAGUUUUUAUUUUAUUUUUUUCUUGAAUUAAAAUGAAGCUUGAAAUUCUAUAAAGUACAAAAUUCUAAAAUUUGCAAAAAUGAAAUGAGGAUUCAAUUUUUUUUUGCUCGUUUUUUCUUCAAAAAGAAAUGAUAAAAAAUAGUAUAUCAUCAUAAACAACAGAAUAUAAUUUAUUUUGUGACAUAUCUUAUUUUUUAAUGGAAACAAUUCCAAUAAUAUCACCUUAUUUUUUCAAAAUACAGGGUGUUUAUUUAAAAAUAUGUCGGAAAAAAUAUUUAUAUCAAUAUUUAUACAACAUAUAUGUUGUAUAAAUAUUUUGUCAAAUAGAUAUAAUAAAUAAAA